UUGUCGAGGGUGCCCAGCAGACCUCAACUCAACGGCAAGCGGCUGUGCCGUUUGACAAGGAGGCUAAAAAGGUUGAUGCCCUGGCCAGGAAGGCAUACGCGGCUGCAGCACUGGCGGUGAAAGCAACCAACUACACCGCUUGCAUGGGUGCCUACAUUCAGACUCUUAUGGAGGGCAUCUCUCCCAUCAUGCCCGACGUCCCUGAUGAGGCCCAACGGACCCUUACGGAGAUUAGGGAUGAGGCCCAUUCCAUUGGCGCGUGGCUCAUCACCGCAUCCAGGAACGUGGUGGAGUGUUCGGGCAGGGCCAUGGCGGCCGCCAUCGCCCUAAGAAGACACGCUUGGCUACGGGGUUCGGACCUUAACACCAACGUUAGGUCCACCAUAGAGGACAUGCCGAUGGACGACUCGGGUCUCUUCCAUGCCGAGACGGAUGACAAGCUGAACCGAAAGUUCAGGUUGAAGGCGGCGGCGAGAAAACAUGGACCAGUGGUUCGCGACGGUCGACCUCAAGGACGCCUACUUCCACAUCGGAAUUCGGGAGUCCCACCAGAGGUUCCUCGCCUUCGCCGUUGGCUCCGACACAUACCACUACAAUGUGCUUCCGUUCGGGCUUGCUACAGCCCCACGGGUCUUCACAAAGUGCAUGGCCCCAGUGGUGGCAUACCUCCACAGGAAGGGCUACAGAGUCUUCCCUUACUUAGACGACUGGCUGUUCGUCGCAGACUCCCAGCACGAACUGCAGGAGGCAAUUGCUUUCGCCACCCGGCUGCUGGACUCUCUCGGACUGGUGAUCAACAAGGAGAAGUCCCACUUCACUCCGUCCAGACAGGUGAAAUUCAUCGGAGCCAUUCUCGAUUCCGAAAAAUGCUCCGCCUUCCUUCCUGCAGACCGCUUCCAAUCUCUGGUGACAUCACUGACACCUUGCAUCUCCUACAGAAGGGUGAGAGCCAGGGACGUCCAGAUCGCUCUGG